GGCGCGCUUCGUGUCGGCUGUGAGGGAGGUGCGGCUAGUGAAUGUUUGCGAUUGUCCCGUGACUUGAACUUGCAGCAUGUAUGAAAACUUGUAUUCCACUAUCUUUGGCAACGAUGAUGACAGUGAUAAAGCAAGUGCAGCUAUCAUCCCUUGCGGCAUGUCGCCGCAAUUAGCAUCGGAUGCUUCUGACGCUGUCCAUGAAACGGGUGUGUCGGCGAUUGCAAGAAACGCCCGCGUCGGCUACGUCCACAGUGCAGCUCACCUGUUUGAGUGCGAAAGGCUACCGCGCGUUCGUCGACGUUGUCUUCUCGUCCACGGACUUUUAAAGGGCUACAAUCUGCUCAAGUCCUUGCACACCAUUCAUCCGCUGGUGGCCAGUCGCGAAGAUCUUUGCCUGUUUCAUUCGACAGACUACGUCGACUUCCUAGAGACCUGUGAAGCGGAAAAAGACCUCGAGAAGGAAGAUAUCGUAAGACGUGCCCAUGACUACAACCUUGUCGAUGACUGUGCCCCUACCCAACGGCUCCUAACUUUAGUGAGGCACAUUGCAGGUGGCACCUUAGCAGCUGCAAGAGCCAUUAUUGAGAAAACUUGCGACGUUGCUAUACAUUGGGAGGGUGGUUGGCACCACGCACAUAGAAGCGAAGCAGCAGGCUUCUGCUACGUCAAUGACGUCGUCCUUGGGAUACUGGAACUUCGCCGCACGUUCCGGCGAGUUUUAUAUAUCGACCUGGACGUUCAUCACGGUGACGGAGUUCAGGAAGCCUUCGCGGGCACUGACAAGGUCCUGACCGUGUCGGUUCAUCAGUACGAGCCUGGUUUCUACCCCGGUACGGGAGCAGCGAGUGACCUAGGUUUUGGUUUGGGUUGUGGUUACUCGAUAAACUUGCCGCUACGGAGCGGUGCUAGCGAUUCUACUUUUGUGCGCGUCGUGACGACUGUAGUCAACGAGGUCAGAGAGCGGUACAAACCCGACGCCGUCGUUUGCCAGUGCGGAGCGGAUGGGUUGUCCGGUGAUCCGCUCGGAGCCUGGAAUCUGACCCCAGGCGCAUUCGUUCAGUGCGUUCGUCUCGUGCAAAGCUGGGGGCUGCCGCUGCUACUUCUCGGUGGAGGCGGCUACGCGGCCGCCAACGCUGCUCGCUGCUGGACCGCAGUUACGGCGGCGGUUUUAGGACAGGAGGUGGAGGAAGACAUUCCUGAGCAUCAUUUUUUGAUGAUGUACGGUCCUGGCUACGAGCUUAGCCUAGAGCCCGGCUUUCGUCGUGACCUGAACGAUGCCGCGUACGUCGACGACCUACUGCAAGUUGUGAUAAAACAAGUGCGUCAAAUUGGAACUACCUGAGAAGUUCGUUUGCUUUGAUAUCGAGCCACUCUACUCCUGCAAUCCGUUAGCAGAGAGCGAUAUACCUCGUAGUAGAUUUAAUAUGGUGUAUAUGUAAGACUUCCGUUGCGUCGAUCUUGUUCCACUUUAUUCAAUGUCCUAAAAAUUGGCAGAAUAGCCGCCGUUAUUAUAUGUAUUAGUGGGAUCAUUACUUCUGUCAUUAAAAGUAGGCAUUUGUAAUUACUGAAAUAACCAUCUUGCAUGUGAUAUUACGGCGAGGUCUUGGCGUUUGAUAUCGCCAUCAUUUAAUAAAGCGUCGUUUAAGGUUUAGGACCCAAUGCACCCUUGAACACCUUCCUGAGGAACGGAGAACAGUGGUAGCACUUGCUAGUUAAUUUUCACCGGUGUAGCGCUUCAAAAGCUGUAGCGUGCCAAGCUCAGAUCAUCACAACAUCAGCGUGGUUUCCGUUUAC